AUGAUCCUCGACCACGACCAGGAGGAGAUCCUGCGGAAGCAUCUCAAAGCUCUGCUGGGCAGACGCCCCUACCCGAAGACCAUCUGCCCCUCGGAGGUGGCACGCGCACUGGACCAGGAAGAAUUGGACAAGCUCGAAUGCUAUGAUUGGAGAGACUGCAUGGAGAACGUCCGCAACCUGUGUUGGGAAAUGCGCGCAUUUGGUGUCGUCGAGGUCUUGCAGAAGGGCGAGGUUGUGAAGGCCAAGUCCAUCGACGAGAUCAUCGGCCCCAUUCGCGUGAGGUACCAUCCUGAUCACAGGAGACAAGAGAUGAUGUGA